CCUGCAGGAGCGAGCUGAGGAGACGGCGAGGAGCCCGACCCGCACCAUGCGAGGAGUCUGUCAGUGUCAGUGCAGUGAAUGUGAAAAGAUCAGUGCAGCAAAGGUUGGAUAUAUAUAAGGUGGAUCAAACCCGAAUCUGGGGAUCUGCGCGGAUUUGCGUUUGGAGAGCGCGGUGCGCGCACGGGGCUCAGUGCGGACACUGAGCGUCCUCACGGGGGGAAACUCACACAGACUUCACCUGUGACGCUCCUACGGAUCCCAGGGGGGGCUGCUGGACACGGCUCAUAGAUGAAAACUGCCCCGGAGAGAGUCGUUCUCUGUCGGACAAGGAGCGCGUCAGUCUGCGGCGCACGGCGGAACACCGGCGACCAUGUCGGACAUCUCCACUGACUUUAACAACGACACGCUGCCGGCGGCCGCGGUCACUGACUUCAACUUCCCCGCGCUCAUAUUCGGGAUUUUGCUGAUCGUGACCGUCACCGGUGGGAACGUGCUCGUGUGCCUCAGCGUGUACCUGGAGAAGGCUUUAAAAACCACCACCAACUACUUCAUAGUCAGUUUGGCGUUUGCAGACCUGCUGCUGGCGGUGCUGGUGCUGCCGCUCUUCGUUUACGCAGAGUUUCAGGGUGGAGUUUGGACCUUGAACAUGGUGAUGUGCGAUGGCCUGAUGACCAUGGAUGUGAUGCUGUGCACAGCAUCCAUAUUCAACCUCUGUGCCAUCAGCGUGGACAGGUUCAUUGCAGUGUCCAUCCCUUUAAAUUACAACCGUAAACAUGUGGACCAUCGUCAGCUCAUCCUGCUGUCGGCCACCUGGCUGCUGGCUCUGGCAGUGGCCUCACCUGUCAUCUUUGGCAUCAACAACGUGCCUAACCGCGACCCCAGCGAGUGCAAACUGGAGGACAACAACUACGUGGUUUACUCCUCGGUCUGCUCCUUCUUCAUCCCCUGUCCCAUCAUGGUCCUGCUCUACUUUGGAGUUUUCCGCGGGCUGCAGCGCUGGGAGGAGGCGCGUAAGGUCAAACUGCGCAGCAGCAUCGAGGCCUGCAGGAAGCUGCAGCACGCGGCCGUCGCCACCGCCCUCCCUCCGCUGACUGGCACAAUCCCCGGGCCUCUGCCGAUGCCUCUACCGAGGAUCAUCGAGAGGGACUUGGCUCAGUCUCGACUGGACGACACGGAGGACUACAUGCAGCAUGAGAUUCCUUAUCCUCGACAGUACAGAGAGAACUCAGUGCCCACGGUGACGUUCAGCCAUCAGCUGCACAGGAAGAAGCGAGCCAAGAUUAACAACAGGGAGAGGAAAGCUAUGAGGGUGCUACCUGUCGUAGUAGGUUGCUUCUUGUUCUGCUGGACUCCGUUCUUCGUGGUCCACACGACGCGAGCAUUGUGCAUGACGUGCGACAUCCCUCCCAGUCUGAUGAGCACCGUCACCUGGCUGGGCUACGUCAACAGCGCUCUCAAUCCCAUCAUCUACACCAUCUUCAACACGGAGUUCAAGAAAUUCUUUAAGAAAUGUUUCCGCAGCUGCUGCUGACACCAGAUUUCCUUCAACAGACACAAAAACAAAAAAAAGGAACCGGGAGAUGAUGAUGCUCAGCUCGGUGAAAACAUUUUGGUUUGGGUGGAUUAACGCCACACAAGUCUUGAUUGGGGAAGUCUAAGACUUCCAGUUUUAACUCAUCUCUUGGCUGCCGGCUGCAUGUCAAUAGUAUCUUGUUGACAGGAGAAAUAUGUGUUUAAGCAGUUGUUGGCGGUGUAUAUUGCAUUCCUGGUUCUGUUCUGACAUUUGGUGAUGUACUUUCUUGAUCCUCUGGGAUUACUGCUCAAACAAAAUGAUGAUGUUGAGGUGGAAAGCUGCAGAAAGCAGCCAAACAGUGACAUAAACUCCCCAGACUGAGAGGAGCUUUUCACCACUUUCAGUUCGUCUGUACAGCACUUUGUUCUUUUCUUUUUGGAGUAUACUUUACAUCAGCCUCAGCUGAAGUUACGCUCUGCCAGUUACAGUGAGCAACGUGGGAUUUGUCCAGAGCCUGCUCUGCCUGAAAGGAUCAACUCAGGACAAAAAGAAAUGUCCCCGAGGUGCAGAAAGACUGAAUACAUUUCACCAGAGCAGAAUGUCAAACAGCUGAACAAAACUGAUCUGCACUUCUUCUUUUAGAAGCAGUUUGACAUUUUGAGCUUCUAAGAUAUUUGGAGACAUCUGAGCUAAAUUAAGUCCACCGGCUGUACGAGCAAUGUUUGCUUAAGGGUCCAGUGUGUAGGAUUUAGUAGCAUGUGUAGUUUCUGACUGGAACCCCCUCGCCUCACCCACCUUCCUACGAGAAGGAGAAACUAUGGUAGUGUUGAAUCACGUUAAAAACUUUAGGUCCCUUUCUAGAGACAGUGUUUAGUUUGUCCGGAAGAGGACCCGCCGGGUCUAUAUAUACAAAAAAAGUUAAAUCCAAGGUGACAAAAUCAUUUCAACAAAUUCCGAAUUUCAGGUGAUUACACACUAAUGAAAACAGAGUUACGAAUAUUAGAAAUCUGUAAAUAGAGCUCUCUAAAUUCGACACACUGGACCUUUUAAAUGUUCAACUCAACUUUAAUGCAACACAUAAAAGUUCACAUCAGUCCUCAGGACACUGUCGGAAAUCUUGAAAACAUGAAAGUUCUUGUGAGAAACAUCCUCCGAACCACCAACUGAUCAGUGAGAGGAGAGAAGACGAGGGACGCCGUUUGAAGGAAGCCAGGAAAAUAUCAAAACACUUCAUUAAAUAAAUAUUUCACAGGAAUGUGGUGGUGGAGAGAGGGUGGAGUGGAUUUCUCCCCUUUUUUGAGGAGCAGCGGUCGGAAAGUGACUCGAGGAGCAGAACAUGAAAAGAUCACGCAGUCAACUGAAACGCUCCCCUGACACGGAUCGCUGACUUCUCCCGUGAACUGAGUGUGAAUCAGGAAAAAAGGUUCACAAUACUAUGAACAUGGCACAGUUGGAACCAGCUCACCGUGGCUGUUUAAAUUCAUUUUAACGCGUGUACUGAUAUAAAAGAAACAUACAAUAUUGAGUAGCAAUAUGCCUUAACUUCAAAGGAUGUACUGUCUGUCUGUGAUAGAAUCAAAAUGCCGAGCACAUUUACAAAAAGCAAGAGUCAUUUUUUAAGUUAUCAAAAACAUAUCUGCUUUCCUGUUUUAUACCUAAAACUUUUUUUUUAGUAUGUCAUGUUCAUAAUCACACAAUCAAACAACAUCCUUCAACCACAAGGUCCUGACAGAAAUGAUAAAUUUGUUCCUUUCGUGCUGUUUAUCUGAAUAAUCUGAUUAAUUUGAGUGCUGAGGGGAAAAUACAUCUACAUCUAAGUUAUAUUAAUUAAUAUAAUAAAUAGCUCAAGGAAGAAGGAGAGAGUUUGCAUCUUUUGCCUGGCAAAUUAACUUCUGCAGCGCUUCUCUGGAAAGUUUAUCUCCCGAUAAUUAAUUACUACAGCAGAAUAUUCCUGCCACCGUGACAAAUAUUGCCUCGGUCUCUUGUUACAACAACGUUCUUUUCAGGUUAAAGUGAGAUUUUUCAUGUUACUGUGACAUUUUCUUGUCAUUGCCACAUGACAAAUGAAUCCAUAUUUUUAUAUGACAAACAAAUCACUUUGUUUUGUUAAAUUAGGCGUUUAUUUUCAUUAUACACAAAAUGUCCUUAUAACAUGGCAUGUAUCCCGUUGUAAUCAUUGAUAGUGUAUAAUUAGUGGACAGAGCUUCUGUGUCUGAACAGUGAUGCCAACACUGAAGUGUCAGUGCCAGCUCCACUGGCUCCACUGGCUGCAAAAAGAAGUACAUUUGUAUUGACUGUAAUGGCAAAAUGAGCCAACUUCUCACUUAAUUUAUGACCUCUGUAAACAGUUUCCUCAUGAGUUUAUAGUCUCAAUCUCUAAUUUCAAGUUUCUUCCAAACAGCGUGAUGUCAACUUAGUAAAUUACGGUCCCGUUGAGAGUAAAAUAGAACAAAACAAAGCAGUCUGUGCUUUAAGGCGAUACUUUGUGAUCGACAAACUCAGAUCAAACCAGGUAAUGCUGAUCAAAUAUGAAUCAAGAUUUAUUGGCACCCACCUGUCAAUCAAAGUGUCCACGCUCUUAAUUCUGCAUAACUUUAAUAUAAUUUGAACAGGUGAGCCUCAGGUGUCUCUAUGGUUGUCCAUGAAUCAAUAGCAGACGUCACAGUAGGUUGACAUUUGGUUGUGACUUGACCAGGAUUUCUUUAAAAUAAGAAAUUUUACUUUGUUAUAAUAAGAAAGUGAUCAAAUAUUUUUGUCAUGGUGGCAGAAAUACAUCCAUAUGUGUCAUUUCCUUCCAAAACUAUUAUUUCUGCUACUUGAAACAGUCAACGUGAUACACAGACUCAUCACAUAAUACAGUACAUUCCCCAAAAAGCAGCAACAACAACAACAACAGUAGAGGAUCAUUUUAUUAUUAACUGUUUGAAAAAAUGUGUGAAGAUGUUGAAUAAUAGGUAACUCAAUUCAAGUGAAGCAUUUCCAGAUUGUGUCUUGAUAACGUCGCACAUUAGUUAAUAUCCGCUUGUCAAGUUUUGUGAAAAGUUGUUUUUUAUGUUCUGAAACUGAAAGUAUUCGACUGCAGGAUGGCUUAAAUUUGAGCGAUAUUGUCCUUUAAGCCAUUACUGCCUGUCACCACAGUAUGUAUGUUUGGCUACUGACUGUGCCUACUGUAUGCCAUAUCCACGUUUUAUGUGGAAACAUUUCUAAUAAAGUGUGUCAUCUAUCUAAAUGUCGCGGUGGUCAGCUCUGUUUGAGGUGGAAUGAUCUCAUCUUUAUGACCGAAAUAACUUCAUGUCCUCACCUGAGCAAACAAACUAGAUACCACAGGUGAUCUGAAGAAAACAACGACUGAGCCGCAGUUUGAUGCAGAUUUUAAAAUCCUAUUUAUGCACGGCUGGAUUAUGAGAUAAUGGCCUCCUGAGCACAAGCAUGUACCUCCCAUACAGACAGACAUAAGAAGUCUUUUGUAGUUGUUUCUUGUCUCUUUGUAGUUGUUUCUUGUCUCUUUGUA